AUGCCUGAUAGAUCCAAAUUCUACGAUCCUACAAAUGCACCCUAUUACAACCCGUCAGUUGAGAGACGGGUAGUACUCAUUACAGGAGGUAAUACGGGUAUUGGCUGGUAUACCGUUUUGCACUUGUAUUUACAUGGCUAUGUCAUAUAUAUGGCUGGUAGAACCAAGCUGAAGGUAUUGAAAGCAUUUGAAGACAUUAAAAAGGAAGCAGCGACAAGGAUUCUUAGCGAAAAAGCCGAAGAAAAGUACCAUGUCGGGGAAUUACACUAUAUUUAUAUUGAUUUGUUGGACCUUUCGAGUGUAACGAAAGCAGCAGACGAGUUUCAACAACAAGAGCAAAGAUUAGAUAUAUUGAUCAACAAUGCAGGUGUAAUGGGUGUUCCUUACCAGAUCACCAAAGAUGAUUACGAAUUACAGUAUCAGGUCAAUUUUGUUGCUCAUUUCUUGUUUACUUGCAAGUUGAUUCCAUCAUUAUUGAAAGUUGCUCAAGAUGGGCAAUUACCUCGAAUCGUUGUAUUAUCUUCAAUAGGUCAUAAUUUUGAAUUUAAGCAUUAUAAGCCAGAGCAACAUAAGUUGAAGGGUUUCCCCGAUUCUGUGUAUACCUGGAUUCGUUAUGGGAUUGCCAAGACCGCUGAUAUUCAUUUUGUUAAGGAGUUGAGUAAAAAAUAUCCCGAGAUUUUAUCUCUUGCUGUUCAUCCUGGAAUAGUUUUGGGCACUGAGUUGUAUAACCAUUGGAGACAAAUUCCCGUGGUAAAGUAUGGUUCAAACGCAUUAUUUGGAAUAAGUAACAAGCUCAUUGGUGUGACUAAUGAAGAAGGAUGCUUAUCUACGUUGAGAGCCGCUCUUGAUCCCAAGUUGACAUUAGAGAAUAAUGGUAUCUACAUUGCUACUGGAGGCGUUGUUGAGAAACCCAGUAGAAUUGCUUCUAAUGAAAAGUAUUGUAAGGAGACUUGGGAUUGGAAUGUUGAAGAGUUGAACAAACGCGGGUUCAAUGUGGAAGAUGACCGUUGA